AUGGGCCAAUUACCCUCAAAUCUUCAGCAAGGAACCAAACAAACCCAUUCAUUAAGGCAUCAUCUAUCGGCACCAAUAUUAAGGAAAAAAUUCUGCAAGAUUUUCCGAAUAAAAAUAAAUUCAGAUUUAAUAGCAAUUCCCAUCAUAGAAGAUUCCUUAACAUGCGGAUGACUGUUUUCUGAAGUUAUUCGAAAAUACAACAGCGAAGCUCAAAUUGUCGCUCUUCGUACAAAAAACAACCUGGAAAUUAUUGAUGCCUGGCUAGGCUCAUAUGACCGUCCAUUAUACCCUAUAAGUGACGAAGAAGAGCUUUUUGCUGUAUUUAAAGAAGAAGUUAAAGGCGAAAUCGAUUGAUCUCACUUCAAUCAUAUCAAAUUAAUAGGCAAAGGAGGCUUUUCCAAAGUAACUGAAGUAAGAAAAAAAGAUACUGGGAAGCUAUAUGCAAUUAAGACUAUGAGCAAAGAAUUUGUGAUAAAUGAAGAUAAAGUUAGGCAGGUGCUGGCGGAAAGGAAUAUUAUGAUAAAUUCAUCUCAUCCCUUUAUUAUUGAACUCCAUUGGGCGUUCCAAACUCCAACUGAACUUAACUUACUCCUCCAGUAAUAAGCAAAUCCUUUUUUAUUAGUCGGGAUUUUCAGCAAAAUUUCAAAUAGUAAAUUUUUAUAUGAAUAAAUCUAAAUCUGCUUAUUAAUGGAGAGAUUUCGGGUGAAAAAAAAUGCCAAAUUUUGGGAACUUUACCCCAAUAAUAAUAAGAAAAUUUCGAUCUAUUCAUUCACAAUUUACUAUUUGAAAUUUGAUGCAAAAACCCCUCACAAAAAGCAAGAAUUUUCUUAUUGCUAUGGGAAGUUUAGUUCUUGAUUUCUGUCCUGGAGGAGAGCUAUUUUAUCAUCUGCAUAAGCUUGGGAGAUUUAAUGAAAAGCAAGCAAAGUUUUACUUUGCAGAAAUCCUGCUGGGACUGGAAUAUUUGCACGGGAGAAAUAUUGUAUAUAGAGACUUAAAGCCAGAAAAUAUCUUGUUAGAUAUUGACGGACACAUCAAAAUCACUGAUUUUGGAAUUUCUAAAGAAAAUGUUUCUCUAAGAGAAAGAACAUAUAGCUAUUGUGGAUCCCCAGAAUAUAUGUGUCCUGAGAUGCUUAACAAAACAGGGCAUAGCCACGGUGUAGAUUUUUACAGCUUAGGGUCAUUUUUAUAUGAAAUGCUUACUGGACUCCCACCAUUUUAUGAUCCUGACAAACAGAAAAUGCAUUGGAAUAUUCAAAAUGAAAAUCCUCAUAUUCCAAAUUAUAUAAGUCAUAAGGCAAAAGAUUUGCUUCUUAAAUUGCUAGAUAAAAAUUCCGAAAGGAGAUUAGGAUGCAAAAGAGGGACUGAAGAAGUAAAAUCCCAUCCUUGAUGCAAUGAUAUUGAAUGGGCUAGUUUACUGCAAAAAAAAAUUUCACCACCUUUGGUGCCUAGCUUAAAUUCAUCAAAUUUUGACCUUUCUUAUAUAAAUUUAAAUCCAGAUGCUGCUAAAAGUAUACUUAAAAAACGGCAUACUGGUAUUGAUGUUGAUCCAUUUAGAGGGUUUGACCAUUCUAAAGAAAAUCAGCCGAAGAGUAAUGUUCAAGAUUUGUCUUGUUUAUCUACAAAUUCAAGUGGAAUAAUAAAGAAAAGCAAAAAUAAGGAAAAUUUAUAAAAUAUUUCAGAAGUAAUAUUCUAUUAGUCUUAUGAUAUAUCUAUAUUUUAUAAAAAUAAGCAUUAAAUUUUUAUAUUCAUGAGUAAGCUGUCUCGAUGAUUCAUAAAUGCAACUGACGAUUUUUUGCUAGCUAAACUUGAAAAUUUUGAAUCAAGAGCCAUAGCAAAACCAAAAAGUUAUUUUUCUUUUACAGAGGCAUAUGAAGAUUCAGCCAAUGAAUUUUCAACGCCGAACUCUCAUUCGAAGCUGGAUAAUAUAAGAUCAGGAAGUGCUUCUCCAUACCAAAAGUUAAUUUCUGUCAAAGUUCAGCCAAAAAAACUCAAAAGGUCUAAAACACCUAUAAAUACAGAUGAAGGGAUAACACUCACUCUACCUCUAUUUAAUAAACAGUCAGACCUAUAGUUUUUAUAAUAAAAAUUUUUAGAACCUUUUAAUAAAAAACAACAUUUACGCUAAUUUUUUUAAUUUUUUAUGUUCUUUUGGAAUAAAUUAGUUAAUUUUAUAAUUGUAAUGAUUUAAUGCUGAUGAAUAAAAUAUUUUUGAUAUCAGUCAGUUUAAAACCUAUAAAAUUCUUAUAUCUAAAAACAAAAUUAAUAAAUUUUUUAAAAUAAUAAAAAGCUACAAUUGUUUAAGUUAUACCCAUCAAUAAUGGCAAAGGAGAGUUCGCUAUUAAAUCGAGGAGAGUAAGUAAAGAAAAUCCAAAAGCGAAGAGCGAGAUUGCAAGAAAAGACAAAAAAAAAAUGUCAAAAACAUGUAAGUAA